AUGGUUCUGUUCAAUCUUUACGACGAUUGGCUAAAGACGAUCUCCAGUUACACGGCGUUUUCACGAGUUAUUCUGAUAAUGCGAGGUAUGCACAUAAAUCCGGACAAGACAAAGGUGAUCUUGAAACCCGACAAAACGACGAUCACCGAACCGCAUCACAUAUGGCCGUCGUUGGGUGAUGAGGAAUGGAUUAAGGUUCGCCUUUUCAAAUUUCAUUUUUUGCACGCUUCCACUACUGAACGACUGAUUAAGUGUUGUACUUGUGCCGAUGUGAUGCAAAAUCUUUUAAUUGCUUAA